AUGCUGGAUGAUUCUUUGAAGGAUGCUAUAGCAGGAGGAGCUGCUGGGUUUGCGUCGUCUCUUGUUGUCGCACCUUUAGAUGUAGUGAAGACUCGAAAGCAAGCUCAAAAAGCUCGAAUGUCCGCACAUGGGGCAUCAGCUUUAGGAGCAAUGGAAGGGACACUGCGCUCGAUCCAAAGGAUUUUCACUCAUGAAGGAAUUCCCGGCUUGUAUCGAGGUGUGGGGCCUAUGAUGUUAGGAUACCUGCCCAGCUGGUCAAUCUACUUUGCAGUGUAUGAAAAAUCAAAAGAACUUUUGGGUGUAAACAAACGAUCUUCUCAACAAAACCCGAAUUCCAAAAAGGGCGCUGAAGCGAUGAUUGAAGAUGCCGAUCCUGAACUCUAUAACUUCUGGUUUCGUCAGACUGCUUCAGCCAUUUUUGCUGGCGCUGCAAGUGUAACUUUUACCAAUCCAAUUUGGGUUGUCAAAACGAGAAUCGUAACUCAGUCGCAUCCAAGAACAAAUCCUCUAGCAGAUAACGUAGCUGCUGCUACAAAUCUGCAAUUCCGUAAUCUUCAGACAGAUGCCCAAUCUUGUAAAAAACGUCUUCCUCUCUUUUGGUUAAAACGACGAAUUAAUAUUAAUGACGGUUGCAAUUCCGUCCAUUCUGGACAACCGACCGGCCCGGCUUGCUAUCCAACUUAUAAAAAUACACUCGAUGCAUUUCGGAAGAUAUACAAAUAUGAAGGUAUUAAAGCCUUUUAUCGGGGCUUAACGCCUUCUUUGUUUGGUACCUUACAUGUUGGUAUACAAUUCCCAUUGUACGAGUUCUUCAAAAAAUCUUUUGAUGAUACGUUUGAAACCCAAAGAAACGUUCACAUUAUUUUUGCUGCUACCCUAUCGAAGAUCACUGCCUCUGCAAUCACGUAUCCCCAUGAAGUUUUGCGGACACGACUGCAAAGCUUAGACGCCCCAACCCAUAAUUCCAUGGCUUUACUCAUUCGAGAUAUAUGGAGAUUGGAGGGCUGGCGUAAAUAUUACGCUGGUAUGGGUACCAACUUUCUCCGUACUAUUCCCGCAAGCUCUGUGACAAUUCUGAGUUUUGAGCUUGUUCGUGAUUACCUUAAUUAA